AUGCGUUCACGUGGAGUGUCCCGCCGUGUCAUUGGGGUCGAUAGUGAGGCUCUGUACCUGGUGGGAGUGGUGGCCAUCUUCGUUGUGCUCCUGGGGCCACCAGCGGACGGGCAGCUGGGUGGCGCAGGUCGACCACGACCACUACUAGUGAACCGUAUCCGUGAGCGACGCCUCGAGCGAAUCCGAUUGCGUCAGGAGCGGUACGCGACCACGACGACAACGGUGCCAGAGAACGCAUUCGAUGACUAUGGACCUGGCAAUCGUACCGAGGACUACAGCAUGGACGUGGAAGAUGAGGCUGGUGCAGAACGGGGACCUACAUCGGAACCGGUACUGAUCGCCACUAAACCCAAUCGGCGCCGUUCACAGUUUGAAGAGAGGAUCCUGUUCCGGUUCUACCAUGGAGGUAACUUGACGAAAACGACGACACUGAACGAUGACGAGCGGUUGCUGAACGAUACCAACUGCACAGCAGACGAACGCUUCGCCCUCAUCGUCCACGGUUGGCGCGAGAACUGCUACGAGGUCCCAUGGGUACAGGAACUGCGGAACAAUCUGCACAAGGCCCGUGGUGGCUGUAUCGCCUGUAUGGAUUACUCGGCGUACUCGAGCGGUGGUUACGGUGGACUGGUCGCUCGGUUCCGUGACUUCCGGGACAUUCUGAUGCGUACGGUGCAGCAGCUGCGCUACGAGGGCGUCGAGUAUGGGCGCAUGUUUCUCUUUGGAUUCAGCUUUGGCGCCCAACUGGUGCUAGAUGUUGGCAACCGAAUAGGAUCGAGCGAACUGGAAGCGAUCGAUGCUUGCGAUAUGGCUGGGCCGGGUUUCGACAGUGAUCGUGCGUUUAAGCAGGUCGAUUUCCGGACGGCCGCCAAGAAUGUCCAGUGUAUUCACACCAGUAUCGACAAGGGAACGAAGUUCCCGAACAAAUGUCACCAAAAUUGGCGCAUGGGACUGUGUGGUAUGCGGCAGGCGGCAGCAGGACCACCGCCACUCGGUUCGCACGGUCUUUGUCCGGUGUUCUACAACCUUGCGUUCGAGUAUCAGUUCCUGGCACAACCGAAGCCCCCUGAGUGUCUGGCGCUCGGUGAGGCCGCCACCUAUCCACGGAACUAUCGGAUGGGCUAUGUGGAGAAAAGGAAGAGUGAGGUAAGAGGUGAACUGUUUGCCGCCACCUCGGACAUCUACCCCUACACGGUCUUCACCAAUCCGUACAACUUUUUCGAGUACUUCUAAGACCACCACCGGGGCACCGGAUACGCCACCAGUCCCAGUAAAAGCCCAGCAAAUCCCAGUCCCAGUCAAAGAACCAGCACGCAGCGAGCACACCAUUUAUGGGACGCCGAAAGGUGCGUAGGAAGCUUCUUCUACAGUCUUCGCCAUCACCACCGGCGUCGU